GUUUUUACAAGAUAUGGAAGAAAAGAAUUAUUCUCUCUUGAUUGAGUGUCAGAAACAUAUUGAGUCAUUGAAAUUGGCUGACAAAUUGAUUUUAGAGGUAGAGAAUGAGAGCCUUGAACAGCAGGUUGAAGCAGAGAUUUUGGUAGAUGAAAUUGUAAGGUUGAGAAUGGUGAUAUAUCAAGUUUUCAGGGUCUUUGAAAAUGACUCUCACCUUGUGUCUGAAGAUAAGGUGGAAAAUGAACAAACUUUCCUGCAUCAUAUCUUGGGCAGUGUUGAGGAUCUGAAAUGUUCCCUCAGAAUGUAUGAGGAUGAUAAGCAGCAGUUGUUGGUCGAAAACUCAGUUCUUUUAACUCUAUUUGCGGAGCUGAAAUCAAAGGGCCUGGAAGUGGAGUCGAUGAAGAAAUCUGUGGAGGAGGAGCUUAAUAUCAUGGAAGAGAAGCUGGUAAGAGUGCAAAAAGACAAUCAUGACCUAGUAGAGAUGAACAAGAAAUUGCAGUCAGAAAUGAGCAGCAGUAGUCAACUAACUGCCAUACUUGAGGUGGAGGUUCGGACUCUCUGUGUCAAGCAUGAUGAGUUGCAGACAGCUUACCUUGAAUUACAAAAUAAAUACUCUCAAGUGCUCCAUGAGAAUGAAACAUUGUUGACAAAUCUCUCAGAGAUCAAGGAGGAGAAAGGGGUAGUGGAGCAGGAAAAUGAUGGUUUGCUACUUGAGACACUAACUCUUGGUAAUUUCUCUACGAUUUUGAAGAGUUAUGGUACUGAAAAAACAGAUGAGCUAAAGUCCAUUUAUGAAGACAUGCGCAAACUUUAUUGUGUUAUCCUUGACUUUGAGAAGGAGAUGGAUGUACUUAACAAGAAGCUGGAAAUGAAGGAAACUGAUAACCUACUUCUGAAGAAAUCAGUUCAAAGGUUAGAAAAUGAGCUUCAUGAGGUCAAGGGAUCUAAUGAUCAUUUGAAGCUGGAAAUAUCAACUGGAAAAGAACUUCUUGGCAAGCAAGAAGCCGGGCUUUCGAAAGCAGGAGAGAAGCUUAAAGCAUCUGAAAGUUUGAACUCAGAAUUGUGUAGGGCUCUAGAUGCACUAAAGGCUGACUGUCUAGAAUCCUCGAAGAUGAAUGAAAAUCUAGAAAAGAAGAUAAUUGAAAUAUCGAGAGAGAAUACAACUCAGAACAAGGAAAUUGAAUGCCUUCUAGAAGCGAACAUGAAUUUGGUGGGCGAAUUAAAUAAAUUGCAUGAAGAAAUUGAAGAGCAACGAGUCGGAGAAGACUGCCUAAAUUCGGAGCUCCAGGAGAAAGACUAUGAGUUUGGCUUAUGGGAGGCAGAAGCAGAAACAGUUUAUUUUGAUUUCCAGAUUUCCUCCAUUCGAGAAGUGUUACCGGAAACCAAGAUGGAUGAGUUAACUAAGUUUUGCGGGAGAGUCGAAGGUGAAAAUGCUUCCAAAAGCUUGGAGAUGGAGCAGGUGAAAGGAAAAAUCAAUAAAAUGGAGAGAGAAAUGGGAGAACUGAAGUUGCAAUUACAUGCAUAUGCUCCUGCAAUAGCCUCUUUGAGGGAUGAUGUAGUAUCGCUUGAGCAUAAUGCGCUCCUCCACACGAGGCUUGAGCAAGCUGGCUCUCAGGAAUCAAAGUGUGUUGAUGUUGUGGUUCAUCCUGAUGGAAGUAGCGGUGGAAAGCUGAUAGAAGAUCAACAUGUCAUGACAAAAGACAUCCUAGAUUUGCGGGAGCUGAGGAUCAGGAUUAAAGCUGUUGAAAAAGUAGUGGAAGAGAGGAACAAGCCUAUUUUGGAGGUAUCUUCAUACAAUAGGUGUGGUCGAGACAGUGCUGGAAGUGAAAUUGAGGCAUUAAAAUCUCGGCGUAGUUCUGAUCUAGAGAAACAUGAACAUGCAGAAAGGAGGAGUCCGAGGAAUGAGCAUGGUGAUGGUCAUAAUAGGCAAAAGAUGAAACCCAAAUCCUUUGACGGCCGAAACAGGAUACCGAAUGAAAGAUAUACCACUUGAUCAUGUCAUGUCUCUGAUGACUCACCACAAAGAGCUAGAAGAAGUUCUUCUGAGGCACACAGAGCAGUUGAUCAGAUGCUUGAGCUAUGGGAAACCACAGAGGGAUGCAGCCCCAAACAAAGUGUAAAGGACUUGAAGAAACCGGCAAAUUAUCCAACAGAGCGGACUAUAGGGUACAAUCAAUUUAGUGAUUUGGAUUGGAGGAGCAAUCAUCCAACCGCAGAUGCAGAAAUGGAAAAGGAGUUG